CGCGUCAACGAUGACGGGGUCCAAGUGCUCUUGGUGGGGCAGCGUCGCGCUUCAACCACAAUGCCAACAUCUAAGCGCGUCUGGCCAUCGCAGUCCAUGAGGUAGGAGAUCUGUCCACCCACCGACCAUGUGGCCUGAGUGACCUUGAAGCCGAAAAUGCCAUCGUCUUCAUUACAUGGUGGUUCUUCACCAUUGCGCGGCACAUCGCUGCGACGCUCCAGGUUCACAUAUCGACAGCUUGUCCAGUUGGCAUCAUAUCAGACCUCGAACCCGCUCCGUGUCAUUGCGCACAUUGAUCUCGAUGCCUUCUAUGCGCAAUGUGAGAUGGUGAGGCUUGGCAUACCUGAAGAUAAGCCCUUGGCAGUCCAGCAAUGGUAUGGCCUCAUCGCAAUCAACUAUGCCGCCCGUGCCGCAGGUAUUGGCCGGCAUUGCAACGUCGAAGAGGCCAGAAAACUCUGCCCCAACUUGAUUGCUCAGCAUGUUGCGACAUGGCGAGAGGGCGACGACAAGUGGGCUUAUCGUGAUGAUUCUGCGGCCAACAUUGUGACCGACAAGGUGUCCUUGGAUCCUUACAGGCUACAGUCGCGCAGAAUCCUCGCCACCAUCAAAAACGCCCUGCCCCAGGACCUGCAGAAAGUGGAAAAGGCGAGCAUCGAUGAAGUCUUUCUUGAUCUGUCCGCGCAAAUUCACGCCAUCCUUCUGGAGCGAUUCCCUGAGCUCAACAACCCGCCGCCAUACGAUGACCCUACCGAGAAUCUGCCCCUCCCAUCGAUAUCCGCCCUCGAUUGGGAAGCGGACGCUUUGGUUGAUCUUGAUGAGGAAGAAGAGUCCGCUGACCCGGACUGGGAUGAUGUAGCCAUUCUCAUUGGAUCUCAAAUCGUGCGAGAUGUACGUGCCCGCAUACGGCAGGAAUUGGGCUACACAUGCUCCGCGGGAGUAGCGAGCAACAAACUCAUCAGCAAGUUGGGCUCUGCCUUCAAGAAGCCCAAUCGCCAGACCGUUGUACGUAAUCGAGCUGUGGCCCUGUUCCUGCGCGACUUCAAGAUUACGAAGAUGCGCAACCUCGGCGGGAAGUUGGGUGAGCAGGUAGUGUCCACCUUCGGCACUGAUCAGGUCAAGGAGCUACUUGACGUACCCUUGGAACAGAUGAAGAACAAGUUGGGCGCGGAGACAGGACUGUGGGUGUAUAACACCACCAGGGGCAUUGACACGACCGAGGUCAACUCUCGGACGCAAAUUAAGUCGAUGCUGUCUGCCAAAUCAUUCCGUCCCACUAUCAGCACCAUGGAGCAAGCCGAGAAGUGGCUCCGCAUCUUUUCGGCAGACAUCUUCUCGCGUCUGGUGGAAGAGGGUGUGCUCGAAAACAAAAGACGUCCUCGUACCAUCAACUUGCAUCAUCGCGUCGGUGGACAGAUGCACUCGAGACAGGGGCCUAUUCCGCAGGGAAAGACUCUGGACGAGAACUCGCUAUUCGAGCUGUCAAGGGAUCUUCUGCGUCAAAUCAUCGCUGCUGGCAACGUCUGGCCGUGUGCCAAUCUUAGCCUGAGCGUGGGAGGCUUCGAAGAUGGCGUAAAAGGGAAUAUGGGCAUCAACGCUUUUCUGGUAAAGGGGGAAGAGGCAGAGUCACUUCGAUCAGCCACUCCCGAAACACGGCCCAACUCAGCAGGCCCUGACAGAAACACCAAGAGACGGCGCGUUGGUGACGGUAGCAUCCAGCGCUUCUUCGGCAGACAAACUUCAACGGCAGGUGCUACCACUGGCGAAACCUCGCCGGACACUCCUAGCAUGUAUCGCGAUGAGUCUGGAGACCAGGCGGUCGACGCGCCUCGACAUGUUUGCGCCAUGCAGCAUGCUGAGGCACGCAGAUGCAGCUCGCCCGACAUGCUGCACUGCUUGAGCUGUAAAGAGGACUUUGCAAGUGCAGAGGAGCUACAGAGUCAUCAGGACUGGCAUAUGGCAAGAAGCUUACAGGACCAAGAGGAACGUGUCGGCUCCGUAUUCGCCAAUCGUCCUGCUGCUGCGCGCAGCUCGGCACCAAAGGUCACCGGGUCGGCUUCGAAGCGGACUCGCGGCGGCAAGUUGGAGCAAGGCCAGAGCAGGCUCAACUUUGGGUGA